AAGAGAGAAUAAGAUGCGUACGUUGUUGAGUAAUGCAAAGCCGUAUCUGCUGUUAUUGGCCGUUCAAUUUGGCUCCGCCGGCAUGUUCAUUUUCGCCAUGGAUGCCAUGAGAAAGGGCAUGAGCCAUUACGUCUUCACCGUCUACCGUAAUCUCAUUGCCUUUCUCACUCUCUCUCCCUUUGCAUUUCUUCUUGAAAGGAAAGUUCGGCCGAAGAUGACUGUUCGUAUAUUUUCAGAGAUUAUGGCACUGGCUUUCUUCGAGAUAAUACUGGAUCAGUGUUUCGCUCUCUUGGGCAUGAAAUUUACGUCAGCUUCUUUUCUUUCUGCUGUCAUGAACUCAGCACCCUCUGUUACUUUCGUCAUGGCUGUUAUUCUAAAAUUGGAACACAUGAAGAUGAAGGAGACAACAUGUAAAGCGAAAGUUAUUGGAACAAUAGUAAGUUUUGGAGGCACUUUGCUAAUGGCACUGUACAAAGGUCCGGCCCUUAGUGUUAUGGGAUCUUCGACCACCCAACCGGAGAACGUCAACAACCCCACCACUGACCACUGGAUCAUAGGAACAUGUUUCCUCCUUAUUGGUUGUGCAGGCUUUUCUGCCUUUUACAUAUUACAAGUCAUAACAUUGAGAAAAUACCCAGCAGAGAUGUCCCUGGCUACUUGGGUUUGCUUUGUCGGAGCCCUUCAAAGUUCUGUCGUGGCAUUCUUCGCAGAACGCCACCACCCUCAUGCCUGGUCCAUUGCUUGGGAUACACGAUUCUUUGCUCCUGCUUACGCGGGAAUAGUUUCAUCCGGAGUUCAGUAUUACAUACAAGGCGUGGUGAUAAAAUCGAUGGGCCCAGUUAUUGUGACGGCUUUUAAUCCUCUUCGAAUGAUCAUCAUUACCACCUUGGCCUGCAUCGUCCUCUCUGAGAAACUCUACCUUGGAAGUAUCAUCGGAGCAGUGGUGGUGGUUCUUGGACUGUAUCUUGUUGUGUGGGGAAAAUAUAAAGAAUGCCAGAAAAGGAUAAUGCCACCGUCCCAUGCAAAUGUUAUCUCUCCACAAGAUCAACGUCAGCUACCUGUCACAGCUCCAAAGAAUGAUAGCAAUAACAAGACCUAGUUAUAGUUCAUGGCCAUGAUAAAAGAAAUAAAUAUGUCUCAUGUUUACAUAUGUGUAAUCGUUACAUUUACGUAAAGUAAUAUUUUCAACAUAUUUGAGAAAAAUGAAGUAGGUGUAGGGUACAAAUCACUGUAGGUGGCAUGGGAGUGGAAUUUAUGAUAUAAGGCGUAUAAUUGUUGCAGUGAUCUGAUAUGUUUUGGGCGAGUCACCGCAUAUUAUAUACGGAGUUUCUGGCUAAAUUGGUUCCGUAUUGAACUUUAUAGAGUAUUCGAUUGGGAAAGAUGUAUUCGAGUUG